UAAUAUGGGAGCCAGCCUUGAAAUAACUCUCUAGUUCAUCCAAAAAAGAGGUGAUGGAAAGGCAUUGCAUUGACCGCAUUAGGAUCGGUAACUGAACAAACUCGCAAAAUGUCCAGAGCGGGCUUAAGAAGAUCGUCCAUUUUCUUAUAAUGGAGCUUUUUAUAGGCUAAUGUGAGUAGGCUCGAAAAAAUUCGGUUCGUUUAUGCUGUGUUCAGGGGUUCUUUUAUUUGGAAAUCAGAGUGGUUCAGCUUCAGAGAAACAACCCGUGUUUAACUAGUAGUAGUUAUUUGAGCGAUGUUGGGCAUGAUAGGAGCGAUUCGAAGAAUCAACACUGUUGUGGAAGCUCCACGCCUUAUCAGAUUCUCUCUUCAACCCCCAAAAUGCGUAGAGGUGGAAUUUGCUGAUGGUAGUGUGUUCAAGCUGUCUGCUGAAUUCCUCAGAAUAAAUAGUGCAGCUGUUGAUGGAAAAGGCAGGUCAAUUGGUGGUGAAAAGGUGAUAUUUGGGCGGCGUCAUGUGGGAAUUAUGUCUGCUGAACCAGUAGGGAACUAUGGGGUAAGGAUCACUUUUGACGACUUGCAUAAAACUGGGAUCUAUUCAUGGGACUUUCUCUAUAAUCUGGGAAGUAAUAAAUUUACCCUCAUGAGAAAUUACAUUAAAACCCUGAAGAAGCAUGGGCUUAGUCGGGAUCCACCAAGAAGAAAAUGAUGCAGACUUCUGUUUGAUCACCUGAGGGAGGCUGGUUUGAGAAUUGAUGCCAGAGGAAAAUGUGGAUGAUUGUUGGCCUGGGAGCUUCAUACUGGGAUUGAUUGACUGAAGUGGUUUGCCGUGUAUGAUCUUGAUUAUGAAAUGAUUCAUCAUCAUCAUCAUCAUCAUCAUCAUCAUCAUCUUCACUUUUUUUUUUUCUUUUUAAAUUUUUACAGUACUCUCUCCAUUCUGGUUAAUCCAACCGUGAAUGCUUGCCUCUGCUGAAAAAGCUGGAUCUGGUGCAAUCCGAUCUUGCCAUCAACGCAUGUACUUGGAGAAAGAAAAUUUGAGGUCAUGCUGGUGAAGUUGGAACAGAACUCUACUAAAAUAAAAAAUGCAUGGUAUUUAUUUUA